AUUCUUUGUUUCAAAGCUAGUCGAGUCGGAUGUCGAGUGAUUUCGCCGCGAUAAUUAAUACUUCAAAUUCCCAUCCUUGAUCCUGACCACAAGUUUCGGUAGGAAGAGUUUUAUCUCCCGGUUUAACAAUCCGAGACCGAGUAAUUACCUGAAGUUUUGUACAGCUGAAUUGUGACACUACCUUUGUGCGCGAGUGUUUUGUGUCCAGAUUGGAAGUUAGAAGAAUUGAGAUGAAACUAAAAGGAUACUCGAUUCCAUAGGGUCCAACAACGGUCAUAGUUUUCCAGCAACAGAAGCAGCAGCAGCCACCCAUCGAAAGAUAAGGUUACUAGUUUCACAGCAGAACGUUUUCCACUGCGGUAUAGAUGAGAGCACUGGCACUCAUUACUGCCGUGUUGACAAGCAACCAAGCCGGAAGGAAGUAGUGAAACAGAAUCUUAAAGGACCGACACAAGCACUAUAAUAGCUUGUACACAUCAGAAGCUACUUAAAUCGUGAUAAAAUCGUUCAAGUUGGAAGGUAAAAUCUUCUCGGCGGUGAACAGUUUUCUCACUGCGUCGACAUUUGUCAAGGAUAUUCGACAGCUGAUUAUGACAAAACACACCAACGAUCCAGAAACUGCAGCACAGCAUCAACCGAGAGAUCAGGAAUCGAACCAGAACAACCAGAGUGACAACUCCAGCUAUCCGACCAAUACGCAAGAUACAACACCAGCAGAUCACAGUUCCAGUUCCGCUGCUAUUUGUCGAAGCAUGCACGCUAAACCACACCAGGGUAGCAGUCAAUCGGAGCAACGACCAGGCUUCGUUCAGCAACCUAUGAGCGACUGUUCCAGCUUGGAUGGAAGUGUUUUCGCCGACGGAUGCCAUACUACCGGCCAACCUAAGGCGCGGAGAUCUCAAACAUCCGAAUCUAUUACCUCCAGCAAUUUCAACUACAGCCUGAAUCGUAGAUUCAUCUCGAAGAAUCAGAUGAAGGAGUUCCGGGAGGCAUUUCGACUCUUCGAUAAGGACAAUAAUGGCUCGAUCACGAAAGAAGAGCUGGGAACUGUUAUGCGAUCAUUGGGACAGUUUGCUCGGGUAGAGGAGCUGCAAGAAAUGCUAUUAGAAAUCGAUGUUGAUGGCGAUGGCAACGUUAGUUUCGAAGAGUUUGUCGACAUUAUGUCAAACAUGACUGACACGGUGGCGGAGGCCUCGGCUGACCAAGAGGAACGUGAGCUACGUGAUGCAUUCCGCGUUUUCGAUAAACACAAUCGAGGCUAUAUCACGGCAUCGGAUCUACGAGCGGUCCUACAGUGUUUAGGAGAAGAUCUAGACGAAGAAGAAAUCGAAGACAUGAUCAAAGAGGUGGACGUUGACGGUGACGGACGUAUAGAUUUCUAUGAGUUUGUGCAUGCCCUAGGCGAGCCAGAGGACUCGCAGGAAAAUGACGACGAAGAGGAAGUUAUGUCCUUGAGAUCGCUUUCUUGUGAUGUGAAUGCUUAAAUUUUUACACGGCUAAGCGUCACUUGAUGAUCAACGAAUUGCAUCACACGUUCCUAGAAGAGGAUAAUAAAAUACAUUUGACCCGUGUUUGGAACGAUAUGCAUAAACAGAUACCUUGGACAAAUGUUUCGCUUAUUCACAAAUGUAUUUCUACUGUAUGGAAUAAGAGUAAAGGAAUCGCACUAAAACUUUUUCAAAUAAAUAGAUAAUCAAAAAUAAUCAAAACUAGCUUAAAGUACGUAUAUACACACAUAUCAGACACAUCAUAAAGCAUUAAAAAACAAUGCAAUACUUUGAACUAAUAAAACACAAACGUCUAACAGUUAUGAUAGCCGUACUUAAAGAUACAAACAUUAAACUUAUAGAAUAGAGAUACAUUUAAAAUUAUUAAUGUUGUAAUUUGAAAUCUUUUAAUUAAUCGAUAUUUCAAUUUUUAACCGUUUUUAAAGAAUAAUGUGCCGUCACGUGUAUUUUUAUUAACAUCCUGCAAUACUAGUAACAUGUAACUCUUCUCGCAACAUGUAUGUGACUGGGGAUACACAAAUGGUUAUUCAUGACAUGCGAAAAAAAAACGAGCAGAAAAACAACAAUUUUUACACUCUAUGCUAAAUAUAUUCGAAAUUUGUUACGUGACAAUGUGCCGAUGUACAAUCUUUCACUAAUCAUGUUAAGUAAUAAACUCUAAUCUAUUAUUGUGA